GGGGGCGAGAAAGAGAGAGAGACGCGGCUGACGGGACUACAAAAAGAAAAACGGGAAAAAAAUGGUCACAUUUCACUCAGGGACCUGAAAACGUGCUGGUUAUUUUAGGACUCGUGUUGCCUAUUGAUGAGUGGGGGCGUUUGAACUACUUGCACUCCGGUCAUGUUUUGAUGGUGACUGUACACGGCGGCUGAGCGCGUUAGAGGAGCCCGUCAGUGACGCCGCUGCAUCGUAGGUGUGCGGAGCCGAGAGCCGAGCUGUCAUUCGCAGUCUCUUCACCUCGGAGGUUAUUCGGAGCAACCUACUGACCUGCUCCAAUUUCCCUCUGAAAAAAUAUUUUAAUUAGAUUUUUCCUCAUCAACUCUGAUGCCCCCCGCGCGCACUCUGCUGUUGGUCUGAGCUUCCGGAUUCACACUCUUGACUCUGUUCUAUAUCAACGACACUCAUCGGUGUGAAGCGAAGGCGUCAGACGCGCGCGAUAAACAACCGAACAGCAUCAACCUACCGGAAAAAACAUGGAGCACAGUCCUGGUGGUGGUGUCAUCCUGUACGCCGGCUCGUCCGGCAGCGCCAGCCCGAGUCCUGGCAGCCCCUCAAGUGGCUACCAGACCCAGUCUCCCUCCUCCCACUCGCAGCCUUCCUCCCCAGAGGGUGUCUCCUUUCAGGAGAUCGGGCCCCUGAAGCAGAGAGGGGAGCGCAGGGGGGGGACACCUUCCCCGAAGUUGGUCUUCCAGUUUCCCGAAGCGAACAACGCUGCCGCGGCCCAGAUAACGACGGCGUCGUCCGCAACCUUCAGCCACCCCACAGUGGCCAAAAGGCCUUGUGGUUUCACGGGCACGUUCACCAAAACCGGAGGUAUGGUGCUUCUGUGUAAGGUGUGCGGCGACAUCGCCUCUGGGUUCCAUUACGGCGUGCACGCCUGUGAGGGCUGCAAGGGUUUCUUCCGACGCAGCAUUCAGCAGAACAUCCACUACAAGAUGUGUGUGAAGAACGAAAACUGUCUCAUCAUGCGCAUGAACAGAAACCGGUGCCAGCACUGCCGCUUCAAGAAGUGUCUCUCCGUGGGCAUGUCCAGAGAUGCUGUGCGCUUUGGGCGUAUUCCCAAGCGGGAGAAGCAGAGACUGCUGGACGAGAUGCAGAGUUACAUGAACAGUCUCAACGAAUCCGCUUCCAUGGACAUGGAGGUGUCGCCUCCGACCGACGCCCCCUGCAGUCCACACGGCCAGACGAGCGACGGAGCGGGCCCCGCCGCGCAGUCUUACCACGGCGACCUAAUGAGCAGAGACGAGAAACCGCCCAAGAUGGCCGCGGGCACCUCCUGCUUCCACAACAGCUCCGCGCAGCAGCCUUCGCUGUCGCACUCGUCGACCCAGACCCACCACACGGUCCUCGGGGAGCAGGCCGGCUACCACGUUCCCACGGGCUGCCCCGUUUCCGCCGGCAACAACAACGGCAACGGCGCCGUGGUCGACAACGCCAAGUACACCUUCUCCAAUCAGAAUCGGUGCCCCGUCAGCGGCCGCCUGUCCUCUCAGGCCUACUCGGCCAAUUACUCAGCCAGCGACUCCCGCAGCCAAAGCCCCUGCCCCUGGAAGCUGAACGGAGGGGCCAAAGUGCUGGCGUGUCCGCUCAACUCGUGCCCCGUGGCUCCGGCCAGUCGCUCCAGUCAGGAGGUGUGGGAGUCUUUCUCCCAGUGCUUCACCCCUGCUGUUAAAGAAGUGGUGGAGUUUGCAAAGAGCAUCCCGGGCUUCCAGUCCCUCAGCCAGCAUGAUCAGGUCAUGCUGCUCAAAUCGGGCACUUUCCAGGUUCUGAUGGUGAGAUUCUGCUCACUGUUUGACCCCAAGGAGAGGACGGUGACCUUCCUCAAUGGGCAGACGUACUCACUGGCAUCCCUUCGGGCUCUUGGCAUGGGCUCCUUACUCGACGCCAUGUUUGAAUUCAGCGAGAAGCUCGGGUCUUUGUGUCUGGAGCCAGACGAGAUGGCUCUUUUUAUGGCUGUCGUGCUGGUUUCUGCCGAUCGCUCGGGCAUCGUGGAGGUGGCAGCAGUGGAGCAACUGCAGGAGAAUCUAAUAAAAGCUCUGCGCUCCCUCACCUCCAGUCGCCGCCCGGACGAUAGCACCCUCUUCCCGAAGUUGCUGCUCCGCCUGCCCGACCUGCGCACCCUGAACAACCACCACUCUGACAAGCUCCUAGCUUUCCGCAUAGACCCUUGAGCUCAAAGAGCCAAAAGCUUCCGUAGUUAUUUGCUGUGGGGAGCCUCCCUGCUCCCCAUGGCACCCCCGGCCUGCCACAUACAGACCACUGGCCUCUGCAUGAGGGUCAGCUGUUGUUGGAGCUUCAAAUCAUCAAGUCUGAUGCCAUAAGAGGGUGAACUUAAAAAAAUAAAAAAUAAAUUAAAAAGUAGGUAAGGGGGGAGGCUCCUGGACUUAGUCUUCCUCCAGUUCCAGGAUCUCUCAAACAAACAUUAAAACACAAACUACGUUCUUCCUUGGGUGCUUCGAGUCAACAUCCAACCACCAAGUCAUCACCUCUCCCAUCGGGGAGUUUGUGCUGAAGACCAAAAAGAGGCCAGAGCCCGUAGUCCCUCGCAAGACUUUGUACUCACAUCCCAGCACACAAAGCUAACAGGAGGGAAGCGCACACUGUCGCCCAGAGAAAAAGGAAUCAUGUACAAACCAUCCCCAACAAUGAUUUCUUACUGUACAUUUCUGCUACGAACAACGUGUAAAGGGCACUUUCCACACAUUGUCUAGUCCAUACCAAUAGAAAUGUCUAACACACAGUUGGGAGGGCGGUUUGUUGGUGCCCUGUUGAAAUGACAUAAGCUGUUUUCACUCAAUCUUUAUGAGAAUCACCCAUUUGUGAUUUAGAAAUGUAUAACAUUUUUAAGAAAUGAGUAAAUGCAUUAUAUUUCUAUGCGUUAAUCAGGGAGAAAUUAUCGGUCAUUUCAGACCGUGCCUGAUGGGAUAUAUGCUAAGGUGUUUCCUUGUAAAUUUUGUAUAUAAUCUUUAUUCUUGGUCCUUGUUAGUUGGCAGAUUAUUGCAUAUGUAAAUUGUAUUGAAUUAUUGUAUGUAUAUCACCCAUAAUAGAUUGAUCUACAGACUGCAAAGAGAAAAUAGCAUUUCAAACAUAGAGUAUAAACUUUUUAUUUGAAUAUAUAUAAAUGAAAUAAAUGUAUUGUCGACUGACUGCAUCACCGUGUGAAUAUUUUGUAAAUGUUUUAUGGUUACACCAUGAAGAUUCAUUAUUAAAUAAUGUUAUAUAGCA